AUGUCGGGUGAUACCGAUAAAGCAAAAAUCAGUGAUAAUCAGGAUGAGGACAAAAAGUCAGGUGCAGGGGACGGCCAGACUACAGAAGAUGAAUCAUCCCAGGAUUCCAAGGGUGAGUCGGCUGUACCUGAGGUGCAAGGUAACGCAGUAGAUGAACCAGACAACAGUCAGCCCCCAGAAGGUGACGCAAAAUCGACCACGGCAAACGGUAAAGAUGACUUAGGCGGUGAAGACGUCAAAGAUGAAAAGGCAAAAGCAGAUGUUGACAAAAAGGAAGAAAAUGGUGAGACACAUGAAGAGGAUGAUAAGGAAGAUGUGAAGGAAAACGAUAAGCCAGCUAAAAAACCGGCAGCCAAGAAAAAACCUAAAAAGGAGGAUACAGAGGAAGAAGAUGAGGAGGACGAGGAAAUGGACGAAGAAGAGGAAGAAGAAGGAGAGGAGGGAGAUGAAGAGGACGAGAAGAAGCCUAAGGCCAAUAAAGUAAAGAAACCGGCAAAGAAAGCAAAGGAAGGCGACGAAGAAGGUGAAGAAGAUGAGGAGGAGGGAGAAGAUGAAGAAGGUGAGGAGGAGGAGGAAGAAGAGGAAGAGGAGGCCCCGAAACCUAAACCCAAGAAAGAGCCCACUGAGCCUCCGGUCCCUCUUCCGGCGGGCAAAGGAAUCCCUCUGGGUCACAUCAGCAACGUCGAAGUAUCCCUCUCCAGGUUUAAGACACAGGACCAGAAGCUUUUACAUCAGUACUUGUAUGGACAACUGUGUCUGGACCGUAACGUGAAGCGGAACAUCAAGAAGUUCAGAGGCUACGAGUGGGCCGUGGGUUCAUCCGACUACAAGGCCAAGCUGGAGGAGACCACCAAGAUGGAGCCCAAGCAGAUCAGGACCAUGUGCGAGAUGCUGGAUCUCGAUAAGAAAGGUGGAACAACAGAGCUGGCAGCCCGCCUGGUGGGCUUCCUGCAGUGCCCCACGGCCAAUUCGCCUCACGCGAGAGGAGUAGCCCGGCCUCCGCCUACGGCUUCUUCGACGCCUGGAGGCAGACCCAGGAGAUCUGUCGCCGUCAAAGUUCACAAUCGAGGCUAUUCAGAUGAAGAGUAUGAAUCGGACCCAGAGAAAGUCAAAGGACCAAAACUACUUAAGGAGGGCUCGGAAGAUUCUGAUGGGUCAUUCAACCCGAGCGGCUCAGAAGCGGACUCGGACUUUGACCCCGAGGUAGGAGAGGGAGCCGCGGUUGUCGGAAAGAAACGCAAGAGCACCGGACGCCGUCGCUCCUCGGGCAAGGCGGGAAAGAAGGGCAAGAAAAGGGGGAGAAAGGCCAGCGGGAAGGUAAGCAGAGGUCGCGGCCGCAGGGCGAAGUCGGACAGUGAAGAAGAGAGUGACAAGUCAGAGAGUGAGAGCGAUGGAGGAGGAGAAUCUGGCAGCGAGGGAGAAGAGUCUGACGAGCCUAAGUCGAAGCGCGGUCGGCCGAGCGGGUCCGUGGCUAGAGGCCGCAAGGGCCCCCCGGCCAAGAUGGCCAAGACCACGCCUGCCAAGCGGAAAACGGCUUCGCCGCCAGCUAAAAAGAAGGGAAAGCCAGGCAGGCCAGCCGGUAAGAAGGGAAAGAAGGCAUCCUCUGACGAAGAAUCCGGAGAAGGAAGCGAAGAGGAGGAGGAGGAAGGUAGCGAGGAAGAAGAGAGCGGAGAGGAGAGUGACGGCGGCCCGGCUGAUAAGAAGGCUAAGAGACCGCCUACUGACGACGAGAUAAAGAAGUACGUGAAGCAGAUCCUGGAAGGCGCCAACCUGGAGCAGAUCACGAUGAAGACGGUGUGCAAACAGGUCUACUCGCACUACCCGGACUUCGAUCUCGCGCACAAGAAGGACUUCAUCAAGGCCACCGUCAAGUCGGUCAGUCAACUUUAA